AAACGAGCACAUAAUGAAUUAAAGCAACAACCAAAGAAUUAAGCCAUGAAUUUUCCUCUCGUGUUGCUUCGGCUCCUCUUCAUCAUCCUGUUAUGGCCAGCGGUGGCAACAUCAACAUUGGCACUGGCAAAGCGCAAUUGCUCUGAUAAAUGUGGUGAUAUCCAUGUGCCCUACCCUUUUGGCUUCGGAUCCGAAGAGUGUUACAGAAAUACUGAUUUUAAGCUAAUCUGCGACUACAGCAACAACACUCCAAAACUGAUCAUAGGGACAAACAUUGAAGUUCUACAGAUUUCAUCUCAAGGACAAAUAAGUAUACUUUCUCGUAUAAGUUACGAUUGCUACAACAAGUCGGGUCAACAUACUCAUCGGAAGCCAAGUUUUACGAAAACGGAGAAGGACACCAUCUACACCGUGUCUGAUACAGAGAACAAAUUCACAGCUCUGGGUUGUGACACCAAUUCUUACGUCAAGGGUUUCAAUGGCCGGAACUUCCAGAGUGGGUGUAGCAUGAUUUGCAGCAACAUAUCUGAUGUGACCAAUGGUUCCUGCACGGGCAUAGGCUGUUGCCAGACCUCAAUUCCAAAGGGCUUCGGAAGCUUCAAUGUUACUGUUGAUAGCUAUGAAAAUCACACCCAUGUCUUUGAUUUCAAUCCCUGCAGCUACGCUUUCAUUGUUCAAAGUAGCUGGUUCAACUUCUCAGUCUCGGAUCUCUUCAAUUUCAAAAGUAUUGAGGAAUGUGUCCCUGUCGUGUACGACUGGGCGGUAGAUUUAAAGUCUUGUGAAGAAGCUGUGAAAAAUCAGACUACUUACGCAUGCAAAAAUAGUGAAUGUGUGACCUCCAAGAACGGUAUUGGCUAUAGCUGCUCUUGUCCCGAAGGUUAUGAAGGAAACCCUUACCUUCAAGACGGAUGCCAAGGUAACCCUGAACCACCAACCCUAACCCUAUCUCAUCUCUUUUUUUUUCACUCCGAAAAAGGUGGAAGCCUCAAGGAAGAAACAAGGUAAUAUCAAAGUGAUUCAAAUCCAGGUAAGAUGCUUCUUGACACAUUUUACCCACAACGAAUUGAAUCCUAUAUCUCUACCCACAUGGGCUCCUCACCAAUAAAGCAGAAUCUCCAUCCUAACUGACACAGUUAUAAAUAAAGGAGAUUCUAUUUCAAUGGUAACAUCCCAUGUGGGUAGAGAAUCGAGGAUCAACCCCCUUUGGGUUCAUGUUCCUUCUUCUCCAAACUUUUAUUACUAUUGUUUAUUGUUCUUGAUUGUGUACGUGUGUUGGGUGUUGGAUUUGAUGAAGACGUGGAUGAGUGCAAACUCACUGAUAAUAAUUGCUCCAAGAAUGCUAAAUGCAAAAACACUCAUGGGAGCUAUAACUGCUAUUGUCCAAAAGGCUUCUACGGCGAUGGUUUUCAAAAUGGGACUCGCUGUGUAGAAAAGGUCUCUAUUCCAGUGACAAAUUAUUGCAGGUAUCAUUGUAUGCAUCAUAGCUCUACCCAUCUUCAUUUGGCUUUUGUAUUGGGCAAUUAAGAAAAGACGGCUCAUCAAACUCAGAGAAAAAUUCUUCCAACUAAAUGGAGGUAUGUUAUUGCAGCAACAAAUAGCUUCAUAUAAAGGGGUCCAAGAUAUUGCCAAGAUUUUCACUAUAGAAGGGCUAAAGAUGGCAACCAAUAACUUCCAUGAGAGUCAAAUAAUCGGCCAAGGAGGGUUUGGUACAGUUUAUAAGGGAACUUUACCCGGUGGCAAAGUUGUUGCCAUUAAGAGAUCCAAAACUAUUGACAAAGGCCAGAUUAUACAGUUUAUAAAUGAGGUUGAUAUCCUCUCUCAAAUCAAUCACAGGCAUGUGGUGAAGCUCUUGGGUUGUUGCCUAGAGACAGAGGUUCCUUUGUUAGUUUAUGAAUUCGUCUCCAAUGGAACCCUUUACCAACAUAUGCAUAGUGAGAAUAAAACAACUUUUCUUUCAUGGAAAAAUCGUUUAAGAAUUGCUGCAGAAACAGCCGAUGCAUUGGCCUAUUUGCACUCUUCUCAUUCAGUUCCCAUCUUACACAGAGAUGUCAAGUCUUCUAAUAUACUAUUGGAUGAUAGAUACAGUGCUAGAGUAUCCGAUUUCGGAGCUUCAAGAUUGGUUCCUCAGGAUCAAACUCAAAAGACAACAAUGCUUCAAGGGACUCAUGGGUACUUAGACCCAGAAUGUCUUCCUACAGGCCAUAUAACUGAUAAAAGCGAUGUUUAUAGUUUUGGAGUAGUUCUUGUAGAGCUUUUGACUAGAAAAAAGCCGAUUUUUAUGGAUGAAUCUGGGGAAUGGAUAGCCCUUGCAAUGUACUUUGUAUCUACAAUGAAAGAUGAGAAUCUUUUUCAUAUUCUUGAUGACAGAUUAGUAGAUGAUGGGAACAAACAACAGUUAUUGAUAGUUGCUGAGAUUGCAAGAUGCUGCCUAGAGGAAAGAAGGGAAGAUAGGCCUGCAAUGAAGGAAGUUGCAAAGGAUCUUGAUUCUUUGAAAAUGAUGUGUGAGCAACAAUUAUCACAACAUAUUCAGGAGGAGACUGAUUUUUCUCUAGGUGGACCAUCGACGAGCUCUACAGAUCCAGCUUUUGAAAUGGGAUUUGAUAAUAGUUUUGGUGAUGAUCUUUGCGAACACGACAGGUGAGAGGAAAAUGAUGCUAGUGAGUUAAGCACUUAAAGGUUUAUUCUACAUUUGGAUGCUGAAGGAGUUGUGUGGCCCCUUUUUUCUUGUAAAUUAAAUGUUCUUAUUAUGUGGAGUGAGAGUUUAGGAGUGUUGGCUUAGAUUUUUUGUACUUCUCAGUUUCUCAGUUUCUGUUGAAUGAUUUGAGUCCAUCUUUAUUUUAUGGUGUGAUAGUCAACGUGUGAGAAUUAAUCACAAUUUGGAAGGUUUGGCUUUUAGUCUUAA